GUACCACAUGUGUUACUGCAGCACAGUGUCAACAUGGGCAAGAGAAGACAAAAUAAGCAGCUUUUCACCAAAUUAUCCAAAAAACAGAAGAAACAUCUACGGGAGUUUGGAGAGGAGCACCCGUUCCAUGAUGUAGUAAAUGAAAGACCUCAAAGAACUGAAAUAGUGGAACUGCCACCAAGCCCAGAACAGCCUGAUAAAGGUCCCUAUGAGCUGGAAGAGGAGGAUGAGGAGGUGGAAGAACCAAAGCGGAAAACAGCCUAUGAGAAACUUCUGUCAACUCUCAGCCAAACCACUGAGAAUGCCCACAGUGAGGAAGAGGAGGAAAGCAGUGAGGAGGAAGACGAGCUUCUUGAUGAAGCCCUCGAAUCAGGUGAUGGAGCAGAGGCCGAGAGUGAGGAUGACAUCGAAGGUGAAAGUGGAGAUGAGGAGCCUGCAGAUGAAGCUGUGAUGGAAGCAGAUGAAGGACAGGAGGGGGAGAAGGGUCUGACUGAGGCAGGAAAUGAAGAGUUUGUGGAUAAAGAGCAUGAAUCGGAGUUCUGUCUGGAAACAAACUUCAUGGGCGAUGGGGACCACGAGGAAGCUGAAAACCCAGCAGAACACAAAGACAGUUCAGAUCUGUUUUUGCAGCACUUAAACACAGAGCUCGACGACAAGGAUGUGGAGAGGAUAACAUCUGGCAGCAAAUCCAAGACUCAGAUUUUGUGGCCAAAACUGGGAACUCUUCUUUGCACCACCCCUCUGGACAAGUUUGGCUCCAUUGGCGCUCACAAAGAUGCAAAUCUUCCUGUUUUUCACAAACUUCUGGAGACCAAAUGGAAGGACCUGAACCAGACUUCCAGUCCCAACGCCGCAGCCAAAGACAUCAGCCCCCUUCAGAUGGAGCUGCUGGCCCUCAUGGGUUCAUACAAGGACUUAUACUGUACCGAGACUUGUCCUCUUACUCGGGGCCCACAAGUGCGCAGCACCUACUGCCUUCAUGUUCUCAACCAUGUGCUGAAGGCCAAUUCCCAGGUCCUGGCUCACAACGCCCAGCUGAGAGAGCAGAAGACGCAGGCUAAAGCUGGAGCUGAGCCGCAGGACGAACCCAGGGACCAAGGACUGACCAGGCCCAAGGUGCUGAUCCUCGUCCCGUUCCGGGGCGCCGCGCUGCACGUCGUCCACACUCUCAUCAGUCUGCUGGAGGCCAAGGGCAAAAAGAUGAUGGUCAGCAACAAGAAGAAGUUCAAAGAAGAGUACGGAGAGGAGACGGAUGACAAGCCCACCAACCUGCACAGACCGGACGAUUACCACGCCAUCUUCUCGGGCAACGUGGACGAUCACUUCAGGAUAGGCGUCUCCAUCAUGAGGAGCAGCUUGCGCCUCUACGCCCCCUUCUACUCCUCAGACAUCAUCAUCGCGUCCCCUCUGGGCCUCCGCACCGUGCUGGGAGCGGAAGGAGAGAGCAAGAGAGACUUUGACUUCCUGUCCUCCAUCGAGAUGCUGGUGGUGGAUCAAACCGAUGUGUUCCUCAUGCAGAACUGGGAGCACGUCCUGCAUGUGAUGGCACACAUGAACCUGCAGCCUCUGGACUCGCACGGAGUGGACUUCUCCAGGGUCCGGAUGUGGAACCUGAACAACUGGGCCAAACACUACCGGCAGACGCUGGUGUUCAGCUCCAUCCAGGACCCCCAGAUCAACAACAUCCUGACCAAACACUGCGCCAACUACCGAGGACAGGUUGCCACAAAGAACAUGCCAAAAACAGGGUCCAUCUGUCAGGUGCUGGUUCAGCUGCCUCACGUCUUCCAGAUGCUCUCCUCCGACAGCUUCAUGGACCAAGACGCUCGGUUUCAGUUCUUCGUAGACAAAGUCCUCCCUCAGUACAGGGACUCAGUCAUGUCCCACACUCUCAUCUACAUCCCGUCUUACUUCGACUACGUGCGCCUACGCAACUACAUGAAGCGGGAGGAGAUGAACUUUGCCAGCAUCUGCGAGUACUCCAGCAAGUCCGAGGUGUCACGGGCCAGGCACUACUUCCAGAAAGGAGAGAAACCCUUCCUGCUCUUCACGGAGCGCUUCCACUUCUACAAGAGGUACACCAUCAAAGGGAUCCAGAACCUGAUCUUCUACGGCCUGCCCAGCUUUCCUCACUUCUACAGUGAGAUGUGCAACAUGCUGGCUGCAGGAGGCCGGGGGGAGGAGGCCAGCUGGACCUGCACCGCCCUCUACUCCCGCUACGACGCUCACAAGCUGGCCGCCGUCAGCGGGGCGCAGCGAGCCGGACAGAUGCUGCACUCCAACAAAGCAGUGCACCUCUUCAUCACCGGAGGGGAGGACAGUACUUCCUGACGAACUCAGAUAUAAACAGUCAGACGAUGAGACUGAAACCGUGUUUACGACGGAUCAUGGGAAUAAAUUAUGGUAGAGUUGAUAAUUGCCUGUUUAUAAAUGAUGAAGUUGUUCAGAAAGGUCAACAACAAGCCAUCAAUCGCUAAUCAUGAAAUGCACAGAUAAGGGUUUUGAUAAGAUGUAAACAGAUCUGUAACCUGGUGUGUUUAUGUAAAAGAUCUGCUCAUACAGCAGUGUGAAGCAUGUUUAUGUGUUAAAAUAAUUACACGUUGGUUUUUAUA